AGAAACCACGGCUGAACCGACGUCAAGGCAUCGCUUCUACAUCAUGCACCUAGCUUCAUUCAAGCUUACAACCAGUAUCAACUCACAAAGGAGCUGCGGUCAGCUUCUCCUAUUUCAAUAAUGGCCUUUCAAUCGCCGCGCCACUCACAAACCUUCUACCAAUACGAUGCGUCUACCCCUCCACCACCCCCGCCAAAGCCAAUAACCCACUCAAGCGGGACUACCACGCCAUCACAAGGCCCUCCUUUGCCUCCACCCCCGCCAAACCAGACGCAGUCAUAUGACGAUCGACUAAACCCACCAUCCCAUGUUCAAAAUCCCGCCUACGCUCAGUAUGACCAGCUAGCUGUUCAACCGCCGGAAGAUGGUUGGCUACCUGAUGUUUUCAGGGACAAGACGACAAAAGAUCUCCACCACGUGCUGCAAACGCACGACCUUCAAAGUGCAAUAAUACACAACCCUGAAACAACACAUCCAUCGCUUCCCGCAUCCAUUGAGCCCUUGAAGGCCUUGCUCGCCCAAAACGUAGGAUUAGCAGAAUCACUAAAACAGCUUGAAGCUCAUGUACAGCACCAACGCGAUAGCACGCAGUCACGUUUAUUAUCGUUGAGAGCUCUGGAGCGGCAGUGGAGGGCAAAGCAGGCUGAGCAAGACGAAGCAUUGCGCGAGUUCAGCCCGCCGGCCCUGUAUCAGCGAUUAAAUGCUGCAGUGGGCGAGCAAGAAGCCCUAUGUCGAGGCCUUGAAGAGAGCUUCCUCGAGGGCGAGGGCUUUGGGGGCCAUGAUGCUGUUGCCAGUGAACGAGAGGCCAUCGACUUUGUGAGACGAUUGAGGGAGGGCCGAAAGGUCGCCUAUCUGCGAAGGGAGCGAAAAGAGCGCUGGGAUGAAGGCCGAGUGGGUGGAUGGCGAUGAAGUGGUGGUUUUUGAUCGAACAGUGAACUCGCAUCCUAAUCUCAGACGAAACUAAGUGAGCAUUACACAAGCCACUUAGGAAUCUACAAUCCAGUGCCCUCACACCACGACGCUACGUGCUUUUGAAAAGAAGCAUCGAUACACAGUCAGUGGGCGCGGAUGAGGUCUUGUAGGGCAACAUGGUCAGCCAACAAGCCACUAGUCUUGGAGACUGGUAGCUGUAACUUGAGCCGACAGCCCAGAUUGAGGUUGAGGUAGGAUUCAGACAAGUGGUAAGAUGGCAUGGUUUUAUAAUGACGACAUCUUAGCGACCACUCGGGUUUGAAAAUAAAUGCUUCCUCUAAUCAUGUAACGAUACGAAAGCAUCAGUAAUGUAUCCAUAUUGAGGCAAAGAAAGGUGAUGGUAGUGAAAAGUGCCUUACAUAAGCUCUUCCUAGCGUGUCCAUUAGAUCUAAUCUUAUCUCAUCAGCCGGGAACUGGCCACGACCCC